AAGCGGGUCGGGAGGGAGGAAGGGAAUGCUGUUCCAUGCACAGAUGGCCUUGGCCCUUGACAUCCAGUGUGUUACGUGUAUUAAUUACGCUAUCAGCUACAUUCACCCUUUUAGUAGAUCGGCCGACCCAGUUGGUUACCAAUUGUCCUCGUCGUGAAUGCCAUGGCUCCCAAGAUCAAAUUGGUCUAUUUCCCACUUCGAGGCCGAGCCGAACUCAUUCGACUGGUUCUGGCAGCCGGAGAAACCGACUAUGAGGAGGAUAUCAUUGAAUUCCAGGAUUGGCCCGACAGGAAAGCCGAUAUGAUGUUUGAAUCCUUGCCCAUGUUAACCUGGGAUGGGGAGGAAGUGGGCCAAUCCCUCACCAUUGCCCGCUUUGUGGCCAAAAAACUGGAUUUGGCGGGCCGCAACGAUCUGGAGCAAGCCCGAGCGGAUGCCAUCGUCGAGCAUACCACGGAUCUGUUUGAGAAGUACUAUGGGAUUCGAUAUUGUGAGGAUGAAAUCCGGAAGCAGGCCAACAUUGAGGCCUUCAAGGACAAGCAUAUGGUGAGCUUCCUCCAGGUGGCCAACAAGCUUUUGGAAAGACAAGGGGGCGAGUACUUCACAGGCCACGGGAUGAGCUACGGGGAUUUGGCCGUCUAUAUGGGCUUGCAAUUCCUCAACAACACUGAGGAGCUCCAAUCGGCUGGCAUGGGAGACAUUCAAAAGGAUAUCUUGGCCAAGAUGCAAGCAUUUCCCAAACUCUUGAGUCUCAUCCCUCGGGUGGAAAACUACGGGAGAGUGGCCGAAUAUCUGAAGAAUCGACCUGAAUAUCCGCAUUAAGGAUGGGAUUUAGCAUAAUAAAGAUAUUUUAAUUGAUUUAGGUCG